AGCAGAGAACACUCCUGCUUCAAAGGUGAAGGGAAUUGAAGGUACUCUCCAGCUUUGGACUCAUCCUGGGCUUGAGAUGCGGACAAAGCAGGUCCCAGUCCUCUGGGCAUGCUUUCUCCUAUGGAGUCUCUACAUUGCCUCCUCCCAGACUGUCUACCCUGGAAUCACGGCGAGGAUCACCCAGCGUGCACUAGACUAUGGUCUUCAAGUUGGGAUGAAGGUACUGGAGCAAUUGGCAAAGGAAAUCGUCAUCCCAGAUUUGAACGGUUCUGAGUCUCUUAAAUUUCUGAAGAUUGACUAUGUAAAGUACAACUUCUCAAACAUAAAAAUCAAUGCCUUCUCAUUCCCAAAUACCUCACUGGCCUUCGUACCUGGGGUAGGCAUCAGAGCACUGAGCAACCACGGCACUGCCAACAUCAGCACCAACUGGAGCGUCAAGGCUCCACUUUUCCGAGACUCGGGAGCUGCCAAUCUGUUCCUCUCUGGAAUCUAUUUCACUGGCAUCGUUGCCUUUACCCGUAAUGACUUUGGUUACCCAGCUCUGGAACUCCAAGACUGCCAUGUUCAAGUGAGCCAUGCCCGAGUCUCAUUUUUCGGAAGUCUCAGUGCCCUGUAUAACUCCUUUGCUGAGCCCAUGGAGAAACCCAUUCUAAAGAAUUUAAAUGAAAUGCUUUGUCCCAUUGCCAUCAGCCAAGUGGAACAGUUCAAUGUCAACAUCAGCGCACUGGAGGUUUUAACCAAGAUUGACAACUACACAGUGCUGGAUUGUUCCCUGAUCAGUCCUCCAGAAAUCACCGAGAACCACCUUGACUUUAAUUUGAAGGGUGCGUUCUACCCUCUGGAAAGCCUCGUGGACCCUCCCUUCACACCAGCUCCCUUCCAUCUCCCAGAGAGCAGAGAUUCCAUGCUCUACAUUGGCAUCUCUGAGUACUUCUUUAAAUCUGCGUCAUUUGCUCACUAUGUAUCUGGGGCUCUUGGUACCACGCUGUCCACUAGGGAGAUUUCCAACUAUUUCAGUCAAAAUGUUCAAGGAUUUGGCAGCGUACUCUCCAAGAUUGCAGAGAUCUAUGUCUUGUCCCAGCCGUUCAUACUGCAGAUGAUGGCCACAGGGCCUCCUAUGGUCAACUUACAACGAAACAAUUUCAGCCUGGAGUUCCCUGCUGCUGUCAUCAUGCUCACUCAACUGGAUAACUCUACCAUCCAGCCCAUCGUCUCCAUGGACUUCGUUGCUAGUACCAGUGUUGGCCUGGCUAUUUUGGGACAAAAACUGAUCUGCUCCUUAUCUUUGAACAGAUUCCGCCUGUCUUUGCCAGAGAACAGCCAACGAGAUGCUAAGGUUGUGAGAUUUGAGAAUAUCCUGUCUUCCAUUCUUCACUUCGGCGUCCUCCCACUGGCCAACACAAAACUGCAGCAAGGAUUUCCUCUUCCCAACCCCUACAAUAUCUCAUUCAUCAAUUCGGAUAUUGAAGUUCUUGAGGGUUACCUUCUGGUUUCUAGUGACCUGGCAUAUGACACAUCCUCAAAGCCACAGCCAAAUCUGAACAGCUGGGGGGAUCUGAACCUAGUACAUAGACCAUGGAGAGAACAGCCAACCCAUUGAUGGCCCGCUCACAAUACACCCCAGGAAGUAAACAGCCUUCAGUCCCCCAGAAACCAGAAACCUGGAAGAUGAAGACCGUGCAUCCUGGAUAUUAAAGCCCUUGUGGAAAAGGUCUCCUUCUGGAGCCCUGAGAGACCUAGAGUAAGGUCGACAGUUAAAAUGAUGAACAGGAACAAGGUAGUGGGAGUGGGGUCUGUGUAUGUGAGCAUGUGUAAGCACAUUGUGUGCCUGUGUUUAGCCUUUGUGGGAAAGAGUAAGGCAUGUGGAUCCGACCAGGUGGUAAGGUUGUAAGGAACUUGUCUGUAUUUGCAUUGGUAGGUGUGUGUGUGUGUGUGUAUGUGUGUCUGUGUGUGCCUCUGUGUGUGGUGUGUAUCUGUGUGUGUGUGUGUCUGUGUCUGUGUGUGUGUCUGUGUGUCUGUGUGUGUCUCUGUGUCUGUGUUUGUGUCUGUGUCUGUGUGUGUGCCUCUGUGUCUGUGUGCCUCUGUGUGUGUAUGUAUGUGUGUGUGUGUGUGUGUGCCUCUGUGUGUGUGUCUGUGUGUAUCUGUGUGUGUGUGUGUGUGUAAGACUAUGUCUGCUCUUUAGAGACUUUCUACUUUUAUUGGACUUUAUGUUUUAUGUUUACUAUUACUGUCCUGUGCUUAAUUAAAAUUGUUUUCUAACGAUGUCAGAAUCUAUGUGUGAAAGCUCCUGUCCUGAAUUUAUUUUAAUAAAAUAUGACAGAAAAAUGG